AUGAGUCGGUAUCUGCCCAACGGUCAACAGUCUUCCGAAGACAUCUCUGGUUCUCAAAAUACGAUAGAUAUCGAGGCGCAGGCGCCAUCGCCCAAGUCCCCCACGUCCCGUGCGCCGGUGUCUCCAACGGGAAUGGAGCCGACCUCCCCAGAGACCUUUACGUCGGCGGCGAGGAUUAAUUCACGAGACACCGUGCGCAAUCGUGGGCGGCGGAAUACUGCUCGCUCAUAUCAUCCAGAGGCUGUAACUCAUGAUCCUAACUGGCAACCUGGAACUGAGCCAGGUAUCGAUCCAAGCAAGCCAUUGCCCCCGUAUAAUGCGGAGUGGUCAACUACUGUGCCAAUCGAAUCGAACAAGCGAUGCGACAUCAUAGUCGUGGAUUUCUCGCAAAAUGAGAUGCGACAAUAUCAGUUGGACAACGAAACCUUGGGGCCGUUUCUCGAGAGAGAGAGGGAACCUUGGGUACAAUGCCGGUGGAUCAACGUCAACGGGCUGAGUUGGGAUGUUAUUCGUGUUCUGGGGAACCAAAAAGGGCUCCAUAGACUUGCGAUUGAGGAUUUGGUGAACACGACCAACCGCACCAAAGUCGACUGGUAUUCCGACCAUGCAUAUAUUGUCCUCACGCUGCAGAAAUUGGUCAAGUUGGUGGAGGAGACCAGCGACUCCGACUCCGACUCCGACUCCGAUUCCCGAGAUGAUCCAAUGUCAUCUAGACCCGAACGAAGAAGAAGUUCCUCUAUGAGCAGCAAGGUCUCCGUGAAGAAACAGUCGAAGCGAGGACUUGUGUUCGAGGCACUGAAAGAUCUUGUCCGGCUUCGACCAAGGCAGGAUACGCCCGAAGAGAACCACAUUGUGGGAGCAAGUGUUCGACCUUGCACAGGGACCAGUUCAACAAACAAGGCGGAUCUGAGCGACAUUACCAAUGGCGGAUGCACUGCCCGUAGCAUCCAGCGCUACCGCGGCGGUCCCAACGAAGACAGGAUUGCGUUCAUGGAGCGCCAUGCCGUACUAGCAGCCAAGGGCCUUACCGUCACCCUGGAACAGGUAUCGAUAUUUUUGCACGGUGAUAACACGGUGACUUCUUUCUUUGGGACGAGUGCCGACGAUAUCGAAAUACCCAUUGUCAGACGCCUUAGCUCGCCAGAGACGAUUCUACGCCAGUCGUGUGACGCGAGCAUGCUUGUCCAAGCCAUACUGGACGCUAUCAUCGAUCUCGCAAUCCCGGUGACGACGGCCUACCAAGACGCCAUCGGCGAUCUGGAAUUGGAGGUUUUAACAGACCCGGAUAUUGACCAGUCUAAGAGCUUGUACAUUUUGACGUCCGAAAUUGCGAUCCUUCGAAACUCUAUGCAGCCUAUUGUCACUGUGAUCAAUGCCCUCCGGGAUCACCGUUCAGAGCCUAUCAGCACCCCAGGAUUCGGCGUACUGAAAGCCUUUGGCCCAGCAACCCCCUCUGACCCUAAUACUGGGCAGUACAUAGGAACAGCCACGCCAAAUCUCAAAAGUGUUGGCGGAUCCAGUGUUUCAAUCAGCCCCAUGUGUCAUACGUAUCUGGGAGAUGCUCUGGACCAUUGCAUCACGAUUGUCGAGGGAUAUGACCAGAUGCGCAGAGCUGCCGAUAACAUGAUUGAUCUUAUAUUCAACACGAUUGGCGCAUAUCAAAACGAAAGCAUGAAGCAGUUGACACUUGUGACGUGUUUCUAUCUCCCGCUGACCUUCCUUACGGGUUAUUUCGGCAUGAACUUCGAAUCAUUCCAGGGUAUCCAGCAUAGUGACUCGUAUUUCUGGAUGAUUGCUGUCCCGUUUGUCUUUGCAACGACUGUAUUUCUAAUGUAA